CUCACCGAGAAGCGCUUGUUACUCACUGCCACACAUUCUGGCGGGGCGGUGCUCGGAGGCUGACGCGUGCACCGCUCGCUCGGGACGUUUCGGGUCAGUGUUUGUAAUAACAAGCGACAACAAGUGCUAAAGGAACAGUGCUACUACAGUCCCGAGUCAGUUAAAACAGUCAUGAUUUUCCUGGAGCCGACGGGCGUACGGAUGCUUCACAGGAACGUGCUGCAGGCUACGUGGCUGUGUUGUCUCGUGGCCGCUCGGGUGCACUCUUGUCCCAGCAGCUGCAGUCAGUGUUCAGGCCCAGAAAAGAACCAGUGUGAGGAAUGCAGAGCAGGAUGGAUCCUCCACACUAACACCUGCGUAGACGUUGAUGAGUGUGGAACCGAGCUGGGGACGUGUUCUCCCAACAGCUACUGCUUCAACACAGAGGGGUCCUUUGAGUGCAGAGACUGCGAUUCAGCCUGUGUGGGCUGUAUGGGCAGUGGACCAGCACGCUGCAGAAGAUGCGUGUCUGGGUACAGACUGACAGGCUCCAAGUGUUUGGAUAUUGAUGAAUGCAGUGACCGGGUACUCGCCUGCCACGGUCUGGAUGAGAUCUGCGUCAACACGGACGGCUCUUUCCGCUGCGACUGUGCUCACGGAUUACUCCGCAAGGACGGUGUUUGUGUGAAGAAGCGACUUUCCAGCGUCCAGGAGAAAGGUCUGUUUGAGGACAUCCAAGACGACGAGAUGGAGGUGCUGCAGCAGAUGUUCUUCGGGGUUGUGCUUUGCGCUCUGGCCACGCUGGCUGCUAACGGAGACUUGGUCUACACGUCUGUUUUCAUGGGAGCAAUGGCAGCCAUGGCAGGCUACUGGUUUUCUGACCGGGGAGACCGUUUGUUAUACGGUUUCUUUAAAGGACACUGAAAGGACACGUAAGAUCUUCCUCAUAUUUGGUGUGAUAUGGCAGUUGCUUGUUUGAAAACUGUCUUGAUAGGUUCUAUGAAAGUAUUUUUGGAGGAUCUCAUGGAACGUAUCAGACGACGAGGGUGCAUCAUGUGGAGCUGAGCUUCAAUGGUUGCAAUGUAACAAGACAUUUGUUCCUUGUUUGACAAGAAAAUCACAACGAGGGACAGAAAGAAAGUCACCUUUAUUUGGAUAUAAACAAGCUGGCCAACACUCAAUAGUAAUAUUCUGAUACAUCACAUACAAUAGCAAACUGGCACUGAGGACAGCCUCCUAUGUUUUUAAAAAACAGGAAACAUUACAGAGUAUCCAUGCGUCAAACAAAUCUUUUACUCAGUCUCACUUUUUGUUUUUUUGUUUUUUUCAUCUAGGGACUGCCUCUGAUAAACGUCUUCUUUUUGAGUAGAUUCUCUCUCUUUCGUGUGCAUUCACAACACAGUCACCCCCCGGAAAACAAAGCACACGCACACCCGCACACGCACACACACACAGACGCACACCCACACACGCGUGUAUCUCUUCUGGAAAACAUGCUGCACUCUCACAAAACUGCACAGGCUGUCUACUAAGGGGACACAGUAAGUGAGACAGACGCACGUCACUCUCAAA